GUAUGAAUCGGAUGUAUGCCACGUACCGAACAAGGUUUUACAAGCAAAUCCCUAGUUAUCCCUAUUAAGCACCAAUAUAAUUAGUCAUUGAAUGUCACCAGAAAAGCUAUUAAAGAAAUGAUGAUGAUGUUGGAGAUUAUAUAAUAUUGAGUUUUAAUCAUAACAUGAAGAUGAAUAAAAUGUUAACAAAGCCUUCACAUACCAUAGCGUUGUGUUCAAUUGCUAACUUUAUAAAUGCAGCAGACAGAGUCAUUAUGCCUAUAGCUAUUGUUCCUAUGGCAGAUGAAUAUAAUUGGGACUUGCAUGGACAAGGAUGGGUACUUAGUUCAUUUGCUGUUGGAUAUAUGAGCAGUCAGGUAUUUGGAGGUAGUGGAUCAAAGAAGUAUGGUGGCAAGGCUAUAUUGUUAAUAUCUGUUCUACUUUGGUCUUUUUCUACACUGAUGGUACCUUUUUGUGCUCCGUCUAUUAACCUGUUGAUAUUUUCUAGAGUUUUACUCGGACUUGGAGAAGGGCUAGGUCUUCCAACAAUUUUCCACAUUUUUGCUCACACGAUUCCUGGAGAAGAAAGAUCUAGAGCAUUUGGUUACCUUGUAGCUUGUGGAUCAAUAGGUCAAACAGUGGCUUCUGUGAUAUUACCACAUAUGUCCUGGCCUUGGAUGUUCUAUUUGUUUGGUUUUAUGGGUAUUUUCUGGGUAUUAGCUUGGGCAGUUUUAUACCAAGAAGCCAGAACAUCAACAGAAGAAGAAUUUAUUGAACCUCCAAAAGUAUCUAAUACCAACGUAUCGUGGAGAGAAUUUUUAUGUCAUUGGCCUCUGUGGUCCAUUUAUAUAGCACACUUUAGUAUGAACUGGUCAAAUUAUAUUAUAAUGCAGUGGUUACCAACAUAUAUGAGAAGAACGUUAGGUGCUAAUCAAAGUUCUAUAAUGUUUACCGCUGUACCAUAUGUCAUGAAUUCAUUAGUAGGUGUUGUUGCUGGUCACUUUGCAGAUUCAUUAAUAAUAAAACAUAAAUGGACGGUGGUGUCAGUGAGAAGGUUAAUGACAAGUAUUGGUCUGUUAGGACCAGGAUUAUUUAUUUUGUUUUUUAGUGCUGUUGAUAAUCUUCCAUUAGCUGUUUUCUUUGUAUCUUUAUCACUUGGAUUAAGUGCAUGUAAUUCAUCGGGUCACUUAAGUAACCAUGCAGAGAUCGCACCUAAUCAUGCUGGUAUUACGUUUGCCAUAUCCAAUACAUUGGCCACUAUUCCAGGUAUUUUAUGUGGACCAUUAACAGCAGAGUUAGUUUCACAAAGUCAUGGACGAUGGUUUCCUGUAUUUAUCAUAGCAGCAGGAGUAAACUUUGUUGGUGCUAUCAUAUAUUUAAGUCAAAGUGCUGCUAGUCAAGUGUUAUAGUAUUUAACUAAACAAUUUUAGUUAUUUGUGAUAUCUGAUUUCCCCAUGAAUUUAUGGUUGUAAGAUUUUGGAUUUUUAUUUUGGGGCCAAAAGAACAUAUUUUUUCUAGAGAAAAGUUUCAAACUGUCAAAAUACAUGUUUCGCCUGGCUGGUCAUUUUGUAAUUGAGUGUUGUUUUAAUUCCUUGUCAGAAGGCAAUGCCUGUGCGGUGGAGAAUCAAGCAAUUGUAGAGUAAGAAAUAAUAUGGUUUCCACAAAGUGUGAAUACUAAUAUGGUUUACACAAAGUGUGAAUUCUUGAGAUUAUGAGUGAGAAUUGUUCAUGAUGCCUUUUUCUUUUCUGGAUAAUUUUAUGUCGUUUUAUUUAAUUAUUUGCCAUCAUAAAUUUUUGUUUUAAAUGUUUAAAGAAUCAUGUUAAAAAUCUCAUUUUUUUUUGUCAUUAAACAUUGGUAAGAGAAACAAAUUAAAUUCUAAAACAACUAGUAUCUAAUGGCUGUUUCAUUAAAACAUAUACUGUAAAUUCAGAAAUUAUUGCGUGCAUUUAUUAUUGCGAUUUUGUCAUUUAAGACUAAAAUGCGAUUUUAAUUUUUGCGAUAUUUAGAAAAAUCCUAUAUAAUUCAUAUAAAAAAUUUCAAAAUGCGAGUUUAAAUUAUUGCGAUUAUAACCCUGUAGCAAUUUUCGCAAUAAUAAAAACAUCGCAAUAAUUUCUGAAUUUACAGUAUUGG